CUGCAGCCUGACUUGGCCUGGUUCCGUUUUUUUUGUACUUUUAUUUUAUGGAUUGCUUCCUAUCCUUUUCUUCUUUUGUGCCCUUCUGAGCUUUCUAAGCGAACACCACCACACCACACAAACACACACGGAAUGUCCACAUUGACACUUUCCGUGGAGAGUUUCUUCAAGCCCGAGCUGGCUUCUUCGGUGCCUUCUUUGACGGCUGGAUCCGCAUCCAAAAAGCCAGCUCCGGCGGCUAAAAAAACACGCCUGGCCCCUGAGUUGGUGGCACGUGACCCCACAUCCUUGCCGGGCGGGUUCCUGGCGCCAGUUCCGGCAAUAUCAGUCCAGGAGCCAGGGGCUCAACCCGGGGCCUGUUUGCACGAGUCACGUGCCCAUGAUGACUCAGGGGCUGCUGUUCUGUGGACCGGCGCCGGCGCCGGGAUUGCCGCCGAUUCCGGCAUGGCCCCAAAAGACACAGUCUUGGAACACGUGCCGCCGCUUUUGCAGCGCCACAGCGCGCCCAAGUUUGUCGACAUCCCGCUGGUGAUCCAGGCGUUGCCGGCGCUUCCUUCGGCGCCCGUAGCCGCGGCCAAGACAGCAGGCCUUACGAUGAAUAGACCCGCGGCUAGCGGCAAGGAGAACCCCUUUGUGAGUCAGCAUGGUUUCAGCAUGGACGCGUCUGCUCCGGCCUUGCGCAAGUUGAAGCUGUCGUUGAAACUUCCCAAGUUGACCAAGCUGCAGUCCAUGUCGCAGCUUUCGCCGAAGUCGGUGCGCUUUGCCUCGCGCCUCGAGAAGGUCAAGAUGUUUGACGGCAUGGCCUCGCCGUCGACGGUGUCCCUCCAAUGCACGCCGGCCGGGUCGCCGAAAUACGGUUUUCUGCAUGAGGACUACUUCUCCGUCCACAAUCAUUUCAACGAUAUAUCAGAUGACGAGACUUACUCCAGCUCUGACUCCGACACUUACGCCGAGUUCACUCUGGACAGACAAUACAAGAUCGCCAAAAGCAACUUUACGGCGCCGCCCAACAUAUACGCCAGGCGCGGCUCUGCGGUGUAUCUCCAGAGCGUAUCCCUUGCUGCUGACAAGCAGCUGCUUGAGCUUCUCGUGAUGUGCCAGAACUUGGCGUUCGAAAAGAAUUUGCUGGUCAAACUCACAUUCAACGACUGGCAGAGCCUGAUGAUCUACACCUCGGCCGCCUACUGCAAACUGUUUUCCUCGGUGAACUACGACCAGUUCAAGUUCACAAUCCCCCUCAAGCACCUUCCCUCCCCCCUCUCGGCACAGUUCUGCAUCAAGUACGUUGUGAAUAACUCGACAUUCUGGGACAAUAAUGACACAAACAACUACAGACUUUCGCUUGAGAAGUGCGCCCGGCCGGCAGUUGCCAAGGAGAUGUUCAGUUUCAAGCCUUCGGCAGUGAAGGACAGCUUCACAUACAAGCCCCCCACGUUUUCGCCAAAGAGCUCGGUUGUGCUGGGAUCAGCCAUUUUCGCAACGCAAGCAAACGAUGAGGCGCCUGCCAACGUACCGAAGUCGGGCCCUGGCGUGUCACACUACAACGAACUCGUGAACAAAUUGAUGUCUGUCAAAGACUCGAAUGAUACGCCCAAGUACACCCGCUCGCUCGCCCUGUCGCCCAGACCUAGAUAUUCCCAAUCCUACAUGGCCAAGAGAGGCUCGGAUACAAACAUUCCAACUUUGCUGCUGGGAAAGAAGCCUUCAAGCGAGCCCCUGGCGCUUGAGGGACCAAGCACUGGAAAAACAGUUGCGGCACUGGUAGACAAGCGCUUGGAAGAGAGAACUGACGGGCCAGCGGGUGGCAGCAGACCGGCUCUGCUGCGUUCGCAUGGAUCUGUGCCUGCGACUCUCUCGAGCACAAACAUCGGCGCUAUGUCAUAUGCGGACUUGCUACAAAACUACUGUUUCAAUGGUGCCAACGCCAAGGCGCCGGGCGCAAACCACAUGGGCUCCUUCAACAGCUCGUGUAACAGCUCGAGCAACUCGCUCAGCUCCGACUACACGACUCUCGCGUCCACCUUGCAUUCAGUAAACGACUCAUUUUUCGUGUGAGCAGAUCCUGCCCGUUGGACACGAGCAGGACAAUUAUAGAUUCCCCCAGCGCUGCUUGGAUGGUGACUUCCGCGAUACAAACAUGAAGCCCGCGUUUCGCUUCUUAGGAUUUGAGAUUUAAAUACACACAUUUUGAUACUUCCACUACCGAAAACAAUGCAGUAUUGUAGAGGUGUCAGACUGAAGUUGUCUUUUCUUAUCGGAUUUUCGGGAGUGUGCACACGCUCUAUGCUGGUUGGGAGCAUUGGGUCCAAAUUCCGCACUAUCGCAAGUACGAGACCCGCGGUCUGGGGCCGCGGUCUUGGAACUCAAAUUGUCCAAUCGAC